AUGGGGGAGCAUAUAUCAUUGGACGAGCAGCAGCUGACGACAGACUCCACCCCAGGCCAGAAGCGGCAUCCAGAAGCAGAUGCUCUAGCCGCCUCGAAACGUCGCAAGCUGCGCAAGGGGACACAAUCGUGUUGGGAGUGCAAGCGUCGCAAGUCGAAGUGCAUUUUCGCCGGUGCUUCGGAGGUCUGUGACUUUUGUAAGCGGCGCGGCACGGAUUGUGUCAGCCAGGAAGUUACAGAGAAGCCGCCCCCACCAGGGAGCAACAAGCAUAUAGUGGAUCGACUUGGCGAGGUUGAAGCUUUGGUGCAACAUUUGCUGAAGAGUGCUCGCUCUGAGGGGCGAUCUCUAGAGGGGUUGAUUUCGCCUGUGAGUUUGGACUCAAGAAGUAAGAGUCUCGAUAAUGGACGGACGCGUUCUAAGUCGCCUCAUACUGUCACUCCACAUAUCGAUAUCGAUGAGUACGAUAACUCAACUAUAAACCACCCUACAGCUCUUGCAUCAAUAUCAGGAGAAAUUUUGUCUUCUGUUAGCCAGGACGAACCAUCAUCACUACCCGGUCCACACGAUGAUCUGCGUAGAGACCUUGUCGCAGCAUGGCCAAGUACACAGGAUAUGGAAGUCAUCCUAAGUCUUCCAGCAGAUCCCGCACAGAUCAUCCGAGUAAUGACAUGCACACCUCCAAAAGACCGUGGCUCAACACUCCCAUCCCCAGCAACACUACUCCGGUUACCACCGCGCGGAUCACAUCCUAUACUCGUCGCACGGAAAUUACUCGUCCUAGCUACCUUUCUGCAAGGCGUUCCCUUAUCAUCCGAGAGUCAUAUUGCAAAUCUGAGCACCAGUUAUGAGACGAUAAUGGCUCGAAUCGUUAAACUUGUACACGAUCGAGUCACAUGCAAUGAUGAUCUUGUCUCUUCGCUCGAAGGCAUCGAAUGUAUGAUGCUCGAAAGUCUUUAUGAGAAUUACGCCGGCAAUCUCCGUCGGUCUUGGCUCGCAACUCGGAAGACGGUCAUGAUUGCUCAGAUGCUGGGACUGAACAGAGGCAUCGUCCCUCCAUCAUUUCGAGGUGCUGCUAUUGAGCCCGAUGAAUUAUGGUUUCGCCUUAUCAACUUAGAUCGUUAUCUCUGUUUAAUGCUCGGCUUACCCCAAAGUUCACCAGACGAACCAGUCGGUAGCAUCGAUGUGCCUUAUACCUUACCUUCCAAUCGGAAAUUGCAGGUCUUCUGCUCCACAGCCUGUGGGCUAUUGUUGAGACGAAAGCCCUCUGAGUUAUGCGACCAGAAGUUCACUAAAGAAAUCGAUAAGCUUUUGCGAGAUGCUUGUACAUCAAUGCCGGCACAAUGGUGGAUCAUGCCCAAUCUUGCUUCCUGCACCGACCUUCCCGAUAAACUCCGCGAGACUCUUCGCUUUAAUGAUCAUAUGAUGCAGUAUCAUUUACUACUACAAUUGCAUAUGCCAUACCUGCUGCGCAUCGACGAUGGAAACCAAUACGGAUACUACAAAUUAGCUGCAAUUACUGCCAGUCGAGAAGUUCUCACUCGAUUUGUCUCGGUCCGUGCGAUUCCACAAACACGGUAUUACUGCCGAGGAACCGAUUUGAUUGCAUUUGUCGCGUGUACUGCGUUAACGCUCGCGCAUAUCCUCUGCGAUCAUCGUCACAAGAGAAUCGAAGAUAACGGGUUCCAUUUCCUUGAGCAGCAGCGCCUUAGCGAUAGAGGUCUUCUCGAACAAGUAUUGACGAUUGCAGAGACCCUCGCGCGUAAGAGCGAAGAUGAUAUUUCGAAGAGAUUAAUGACUCUUCUGCACUAUCUUCUGGCUAUUGAAGACAAUGUGACAGCUGGUAUUCGCUACACUCUCUCGUUUGGGGAAGAAUCUACAAGGGAUGGAGACUUGGCGCAUCAUCUCAAAGCUAGCGAGGAUGGAACGGUCCUCGAUAUUCAUCUCCCGAACUUUCCUGUGAUUAAGAUUGUGCGGCGAGAUUCGGAGGGCAAUGAGCCACUUCCGGUUUUAUUGGAGGUUCCUUGGGGUCUUACACCACCUGGGCAAAAGGGUACCAGGAGAACAAGUCGUACCAUGCAGAAUCAGGGCGAUGCGACUGGGUCAAUUAUUGCCACUCAAGAUUCUUCUAUUGCUCCUGAACAUAUGUUAACGGAGCCUUGGACGUUGGAAGGGUUUGAUAUGAGCUUCCUUGAUAACUUCAUGGAAGGGCCCGUGGUUAUUUAG